AAGUAAUCGGGCUCAAAUAUGGCGGCCUCGGAGGGACAAAAGUGCACGUAGGUUUUAACACAUACGCUAUUAUAUGUAAGCAAACACGAACGUAAAUAACUAUGACUGUGUCCAUGUGCAAAUUGCCAUAAUUCUAGGAACGUUAAGAGGUUACAUGUCAUGAAAGACGUUACAGGUAAAGACCAACAAAUUUGAUUUUUGGUCAUAGCAACAUUACCACGCUAGGAGGCUCUAGAGGUAAAGUAAAUUAUGUCUACUGUAAGAUAUUCUGUAUGCAUAUAUCCAUUCGGCAAUGUUUCUGUCAGUUUUUAGUCCGUAUUUAUUCUUUACUAAUAUCUAAUGAAGGUAUUAUGAAUUAUUCUGUAUUUAUUCAUUAUACAAUGUUCUGUCAGUUUUUACUCCUGUAUUUGUUUUCAUUACUGAAUAAGGGAUUUACUAACUCUAUUAAUGCACGAUCUUUAUUCUGUCUUAGAUCAAUCAGAAAAUGGUAAUAUGUGGACAUGUUAAAUACAGGAAGUGCUGACACACUGAGGGGUAGGUUUAAAUAAAAUCUGCUUUAACUCCUUUUCAGACAUGUUUAACUGUGCAAAUGUACUGUAUACCCAUAUUGGUGAUAGCUCAGUCCUGCUGGUGGGCUAUUGGAAUGCUAAUUAUGCUAAUACUAAUGUUAAUUUUCAUUGUUUUGUCUUUUGGGGAUACUCUGGCGUCUUACUAGCAUUAAAUGUCAAGCUUCGCAAAAGAUACAUAUACGUACACAACUCAAAAAAGUGGUGCAUAAACAAACAGUCCCAAACAAACGUGUGCAUUGUGUGACGUACUACAAUACAACGAUGAUGAUGUUACUGUCUGACCUUGCAAGGGGAGGGGCGGGGGUCCAGUGGGCAGACGGCACAAGAGGCAGGGAGGAGGGGAGGAGAGGGGACGGGUGUGGGUGGGUCUAUUCUCUGAGCUCAGGGCCGAGGAUUACACAGACUGAAGCAGUCCCGGCAUGAUGACAGCAUCCAGCACAUAGACACCCCCCACCGUCACCAGCACCACCUCUACAUCAUCAUCGUCAUCCUCAUCCGGCCUGGGAAGGGGGGGGACGAUCGCUGUUUCCCCUUCUAAUCCUCCAUAGACUCCACGGUGUGUGUGCCUCCUCUUCAAACCACGAGGUGGCUACACCAGACUGGGAACGGCACCGAUGAUCACAAGGGUACCCCUCCACCUCCUUUCAGCCAAUCCUGGAGGGGCUGCAGAGUGGAUGUCUCAGAGGUCGAGUGGAUGUUUGUGUUGUGGCGUCCUAAAGAGGCAAGCUUCGUCGCGAUAAAUGGAGGAGAAGGAGCGAUGUCGGAGCAGGUCUCCAGCGCGGAGGGCAAGCCGGGUGCAGCAGGUGGUGGGCACCAUAAUACGUCGCACCCGGGAAUCACUGAGCAGAGAGCGGUUGCUCGGAGAUGGGAGGUCGCAACGCUCCAACAGCCUGUCCAAUCAGAAUUACCAAGCCAAGCUGUCGCUGCAGAUCACCAGGGAUCCUGUUCUGGACCGCAGCACCGGACAUGGCUUCAUCCUCACCACAAACACACCCCUGCUGGUCAGGGAUGUGGCCACAGGCAGUCCUGCAGAUGGGAUACUCUUCCCUGGGGACCAAGUGUUGCAGAUUAAUGAUACGGUGCUGGAGGAUUUGAACGCUGAUCAGAUAGAAAACAUCUUAAGGGACCUGGAAGAUUGUAUAACUGUGACGAUCCUCCGGCACAUGACUAAUCCCAAAUCAUCUAUCAUGUCAGCAGAGAAGAGAGCUCGUCUGAGGAGUAAUCCAGUUAAAGUGCGCUUUGCAGAAGAGGUGGUGGUCAACGGGCACACUCAGGGAAACUCUCUUCUCUUCCUGCCCAAUGUUCUAAAAGUCUAUCUAGAGAACGGACAGACCAAGGCCUUCAAGUUUGACCACACCACCACUGUUAAGGAUAUUGUUCUGACUCUGAAGGAUAAACUCUCCAUCCGGGCCAUCGAAUACUUUGCCCUGGUGCUAGAGCAACAGUACAGCAUCACCAAACUUCUGCUGUUGCAUGAAGAUGAGCUUAUACAGAGGGUGGUGCAGAAAAAAGACUCCCAUGAUUACAGAUGUCUAUUCCGAGUGUGUUUCAUCCCCAGAGAUCCGAUGGACCUGCAGCAGGACGACCCCUUUGCCUUUGAGUAUCUCUUUUUACAGAGUGUUGGCGACGUUCUACAGGAGCGCUUUGCUGUGGAGAUGAAGUGCAACACUGCACUUCGUCUCGCUGCCCUGCACAUGCACGAGAGGCUGGAUAGCUGCGGACUGACCAGGACCUCCAUCAAAGCCAUUACGAAGGAGUUUGGCCUUGAUAGCUUCAUUUCUCCCACGCUGUUGAGCAACAUGAGGGAAAAGGACCUGAGGAAAGCCAUCAACUACCACCUCAAAAAGAUCCAGUCCCUGCUUGAGCCACGCCAGAAGGUAAUAUCUGCUUCCCAGGCUCGGCUAGCCUACCUCACUCAGCUGGGAGAGCUCAUUUCAUAUGGGGGGCGAUCCUACUCGGCUACGAUGAUGCUUCAGGAGAGGGAGGUGUUGGUCAGCCUGUUAGUGGGAGCCAAGUACGGGAUGAGUCAGGUCAUCAACCACAAGCUCAACGUCAUCUCCACGCUGGUGGAGUUCAGCAACAUCAGCCGGGUGGAGUUGCUCUCCGAGUCGGACAAAGUCAGUCUACUGCGCAUCUCACUGCACGACAUGAAGCCGUUUGCCUUACUGAUGGACUCUCUGGCAGCCAAAGACCUCGCGUGUCUGCUGGGAGGGUACUGCAAACUCCUGGUGGAUCCGAGUCUCAAUGUCUUCCGUAUGGGGCGCCCCAAAGUGAGGGUGCACCGUAUUCCAGCUGAAGAAGGUGUGUGUGGGGAGUUCGCCAUAGUAGAGGGCGUGUGCUAUGAAUCCCUAACAAGUUAUGUGUCUCGCUGCUGUAGUGACUCCGAUGACUCAACGGACGAGGAUGACCCGAUGGAUUCGCAGAAUUACAAACACCCUGACCCGGCAAGUCAAGACUGGGAGGAAAGACGGCGGGAGGAGCAAGACAGGAGGAGAGAGGAGGAUAGAAAAGAGAGGGAGGAGCACAAAGGCAAACAGGAAGUGAAGAUCGUUGUGACAACUGAAGGUAAGGAUUACGAGGGUGAAGAGGAACGAGGCGCGGCAGGAAGCGGUCUGCGUAAAUUGAGUGUGAUGGACGAGGAAAUGAACUUGGAGACCACUUGGUACCACACGGAUCCACGGGUGACCAGCAGCUUUUCCAGCUUGUCCAGCGGCUCACUGAGCACUGCUCUCGAGGAGGCCAGUGCUGCACUCAAAGCUCCUCACCAUCUCAAUGCAGCACAAACUUUGGAUGUUCACCAACCCUUCCUCCUCGAACCAAAACGCCACCAAGGCCCGUCACGACCGACCAACCUUAACUACAGGGCCAAUGACAACGCUUGUCUUUGCUUUGCUGAACUCUCUAAAGCUGAUUUCCUCUCAAGCCCGUCUGGGGCUACUAGUGAUGAUGAGGAUGAGGAAGAUGAAGUGGAAGAACAGGGAAGGGAGGUACUGAGACGCAUUUCUAAGAUCCCCAGUUCGAGAGAUCUCAGAAUGAUUGACAGCACGCCUUUCGACAGAGCGCCUAUUAAAAGAAAGAAGAAGACCCCUCCCAAAGUCCCAGUACGAACCAGUUCCAUUCCAGGCCACAAAGCAGGACAGGCUGAGCAGCGCCUCUCCAAGGAUGAAGAGUCUCUCUUCCAAACUCCUUCCCCCAACCCCAAAGUAGCUCUUUUGGUCAAAGAGAAUGCAUCAGAGUCGGAUGAAGAGUUUUUUGAUGCACAGGAGAGAUUCACUCCUCCAGUUCCUGAUCUCUCAGACGUAGAGCUGGCAGACCGGCGGAAUGCUAACAGGUUGAGUGGAACUUGGAGUUCUCUUCCAGCUGUCUCAGGAAAAGAGCCAUCCUCACCCCUUUCCAAUAAGGUGCAGCCUUCUAAAGUCAAGAAAGAGGAGCUUAAAGGUCCCACAAAUAUACUUAACAACCUAGCCGCUAAAACAAAAGCUUCUGAGAAGCCUGAAAUUAAAUCUAAACCACCAUUAGCACCUAAACCCCAGCUGCCUCCCAAACCUCAGAUUAUACCACCCAAAUCUCCGAAGCAUGGGAAAUCAUAUGCCCACUGCAACGGGGACGCCUCUGGACGUAUGUCUUCCGACCUCUUGGAGAUGGAGCCGGACACUAUGGAGUUCAAGUCGGUCACAUACGGGACAGGAGGAUUGCCUCUGUCCACACCACUGAUCACAGCAGUGCGAUGUAGCAAGCAGCCGUUACCCAUCACUGCGCUGCAAACUGAGGAAAAGGGAAGAGGACCAAAAGAAAAUGGAGAACAUGUUUCCAAAGACAACAUGUACGUUCCUAAUGAAAAGGAGAAGCAAAGUAAUGGCUCUGCAUUACCUGCAAAAAAGCCACCAAAUGUACCUGCCAUCCCACGCUCUAAUUCAGGUACAAAGUUGUCUGCUCCCCCUCCAGUACCACCUAAACCCACUUCUCCAAAAAUUCUCCAUCCUUUAUCAUUACCUGCUAGCUCUCCAGUCUCCCCAACGGAUCCAAACAAAGGCGUCUUUAAAGACAGUCCAACAAAUGGAAUUCACCCAUGGAGCAGCCGCAAUGGCAGCAUCCAGUCGGGCCCCAGGAGGGUGUCCGUGAGCCAUGAAAGCCUGUCACCCAAAAACACAGAAGUAUCGAUUGCCACCUCGCUCACCUCAAGCAACUCCAAAGGCCACGAGAGUAGAGAGGAGCGCAGAUCUGGGUCUGGCUCAGAUCUGAGGAGCAGCUCUUCCAGCCUUGGAGGCAGACUACCAGCCUCCGCCCUUAGAGGGAAGAUCCAGGCUCUUCCUUGGUACAUGACUCGCUCCCAGGAGAUUUUAGGGACCCUGGAUUAUCCCUCCACCAGCUCUAUUAACGGAGACACAUCUGGGUUUGGCUCAGGUCUGUCAGUAGCAAGCGGUUUGUCCGAUAUAAACAAGACCCCUGUGAAGGACAAAGAAACGGUGGCCUCAAAAUCAGGGAACGUAUUAGAGGAUAGAGCUGAGGUUGUCAUAGCAACCAUUAAGGAGGCUGAGGAAUUGAGCUCAUACUUGAGAAAGGUCAACGGGACCAACGGGUCACAUCCCAAUCUGAAUUUCACAGGGAACAGUGCGCACAGUGUUUCAUCAGAGCAGCCUCAGUCACGCAGCCACUCAGCAGUGGGAAUGGGAGGCAUGUCCAACAUGCAGCUUGGGGGAGACUCGCCGACACCCUCCCUCGGAGACGGCACACCUCCGCAGCAGCAGCGGGAGGCCUGUGGCUGCCGUACCGUCUACGCCAACUGCUUCAGUGGCGACACCGAGGAUGGCAUCAGCUUUGACGAGGAGCUGACCGUCUAUGAGUUCUCUCGUCGCACGCGUCCAAAAACGGCCAGACCCCCUCCCGUCCCCUCACCCACCACACCCCCUCCAAAUCCUAAUAUCUUGUCUCUGCUGAAGGACAACCCUCGCCCACUGUCUACUUUCUCUACUGCCUCCUCUGAGCUCAGUCCCUUAGUCUCAUGUCCUGUGUCUCCCACGACCUCACUCGGGGGUCCCCUUCGUUCCCUCACCAACAAGAACUACGGUGGCCUGAAAGGAGGUUUUGCCUCCCUGCGACAUGAUAUAGAUCAGCUUUUGUCGGUCUUGGAGAGAGUACUACCCGAACAAACAAACAAAAUGGAUGCCGACCAGAAUCACAAUGGAAGUGAAGGCAACAGUACGCAAACACCAUGUUGCACGGGAUCGAGCCCCACCUGUAUGACGGAGGCUGAGAGGACUCUUCUCCAAGCAGAGGCUCGACGACUGGCAUCCGGGUGUCAGCGGGCGACACGUGUAGGCUGGGCUCCCGAUGAAGCCCUGCGGUCUUUAUCCAACAGCUUUGGCGCGUUGGUUCAGCUAUCAGCAGCUUGCAUGCGAACCAGUCCGUGUUCGGGCUGUGACAGCUGCCAUAACGCAAGCUUGGUCCACACGAGGGACGACGACGUCGACGACCAGGAGCCCAUGGACAAGCUGAAAGAAAUUGUGUCCCUGUACCGUGAGUUUGUUGGGGCUGUGGAGACAGCCGGAACUGGGGGUAAGAGUUUGGGCCUGAAUGGGUCUGGACAGAGCCAAGGAGAAGGUGACGGCGUGAGGUUGUUGGCCAAACGCUGCACUGUACUCAUUUCGUCUGUGUUUGCACUCACACAACUCUUUCGGACACCCACAUUAGUCGCCCCUGAUACUCCCGGUGGUGUACCUCUCAACUUUUAACCCGUGACAGACUGUUAACUUUGGACUCUAGCGGUACGAGAGGAGUUGUGUAGACCCUUUGUACAGGAAGUGCCAUGCACAGCACAACACAUGACACAUAUCUACAUAAAAAACACCCCACAAAAACCUAAAUACGGAGAGGAAACUCUGCCUGGCCUCUUUGGGGAUGCAUAUGGACUAUGCAUUUGUACAUAGGAGUUUUAUUACUCUUAUUUUAUUACAAUAUGUGUAUGUAUGUAAGGACGGAUUGCCCAUUUAUGUAUUUAUGUAUUUAUUUUUUACAAUAUUUGCACCGUGGUCUGUGACGUUCAGGUCUCUGGUGGUUAAAGAAAAACAACAAAACUAUGGAUGUCACUGGAAUUUUUAUUUUUCUUCUCUUUAAGACAGUAUUAUAUUACCUUUUGCUGCUUUAAAGAUUCCUCCCCUCUGCAAGGUGUAAUCUGUAAAAUGUCACCUUUUUUAAAUCAGAACCGUGCAGUUUACUGAACACAAAUGCACAAAAGGGAACCAAUUUGUUUUCUAUGUGCAGGUUUGCACCUUUUUAAGGAUUCCGUUUUUCAACAUGACAGCCACAUAUAACUCUUAGAUCCGACAGCACCAUUACAAAUCAGGGAGCAUACGUCUGACUGUUACAGAUUGCACCUUUUUAUAAGACACAUAACCUUGUGUUAAGUGUUUUUUUCUACACUUUCCCUUUCUCAUAUCUCUGAAACACUCCAAUCAUCCACAAACAUUAUGCAGUAUUAUAAUCUAGUUUGCAUCCAAAGGACAGCAUAUAUAUAAAUAUAUCCGUAUAUAUUUUCUGGUAACGUGAGAGUAAGGACCACGGCGUGAAACAAGGUAUUUAUGUUGAAAUGCUUUGGAAAAGUGACUGUUCUGAUGUAGCGACGAUCCAAAGUCUUAAAACACUGAGCCACCACCAUUGUUAUGGUUUCCUGUUCGGGUACACACGCGAGUGACGACUGCCGUACACUGAGAUCCUGUACUUUGUUUAUUCUGUCACUACCUUAGUUUAUGGCUAUGCAAAUUCUCCAUCUACACACUAUUACUCUUCUUGUCUUGUUGUGUCAACAUUGAAAAAAAAAAACCCAAUAACUGCAUUAUGUUUGUGGUGCUUUCCUUGGUCUGGAUCAACCGCAUUGUGGAUUGCAACGUUUGGCAAAAGUUGCAUGGCAUUGCCGAUAUAAAGACUCCAUACUGAUGUUUGUGAGGUUGUCAGUGUUCACUAGUCUGCUUGAUCACACCACAUGAGACAAAACAGUUGCUGCAGCUUCUUAUACAAAUGUGAUAAAGGAACACGACAUUUGGUGAAGAGCUGUAGUCUCACUAAUAGUAGCGGCCUCCAUUAGAACAUCCAGACGUACUAGGACUCGUAGCAUGUGCUGUUGAUUCAUCCAGCAGGCCCAAGCAGAAAACCAGUGCCUGUGUCACCUCCCUGUUUCUUUUCCUUCUGGGUUAUGGUUGUACAUUUCCCCCGUUUCUGUGCCCACAAUUAUGCAGAUGUACCAUGAAAUGUAUUUGUUGGGAAUAAAUAACACGUUGACCUUUUGUUAUGAAA